CGCCACAACAAAUCUCCGAAAAACCAAUCACGUCCUCUCAACAACGUAUAUCACAAAAGCACCAAGUUUCAACUCUUCUCUGCUUGCACUCAGUCUUUGACCCUCCACACUCUGAGCACUGCCGCGGGAUGUGAUUGACAAGGGGUUAUCCAAGCAUCCUUAACUUAAUUAUCCAGAUCCUGUUAUCGACUCAUCGAUGAAGCACUAAUUGUACCCCUGUAGCAGCGACAAACAAACUGACUGGGUUGAACAAGCAGAAUACAGCAGCAACGUCGAAUCAAUUCGCCCCAAAGUAAAGGACCUCGGUGUCCCUUUCCAAUCAAAGCGAUAGUAUAUCCUUUCUGAGGCACUCGCCACUUAAUUACCACCUUAAGCACACGGGAGACUGAAGCACUGGGAUCUAUAUAUCUCUUUCUAAUUGGAUUUGAGAGCUUCCCUUCAAAUCAUGAGCCAUCCGAUUAGCACACCGCUUGGACAAUAUGGAGAAAAUACCAAGGAAGCCUCUCUUUGUGCCCAUGAUGAUUUGUUUGAGGUAUGGGACGAUGGACCAGGUGAAAUGAAGAAUUAUGGCCCCGUAGAUAUAAAGAUCAAGGACCGCCACUAUGGAAAGAAUCAUCAUCAUUAUCAGUUCACAGCUUUUGGCGGGCCAUACAUUCCUUUCUUCAACCCUUUCUCUUUUUAUCGACGACGUAAUUCGAACGUUGUGAGUACUCCCUCGGCAUAGAUCUGCUAAUUUCCCUUUCCCAUCUUGUUUGGUGAUUUGCCAAAGUGUCGGGUGGUUUGUUCAUCUGGCCGUUUGAUUGUGUUUGCGUCACGGAAUGGGGUCGUAUGACUUGAAUAGCUUCAGAAAUCCGAUUCACCUUCUCAUGGCAAAUUACAAUCACGCCGCUUAAUCCUUAUUGUUCCUUUCUAGGCGAAGGUCACAAUAACAGAUACAAUUAGCCACCCAAUCCUACUCCUAUCAAACCAUUCCCCUUCAAAUUUCAUCCUCUGCUUCAAAUUUUCUUUGGAAAUUUACUGGAAAUUUUUUCAACAAAGUUAAUCUUACUAGCUGGUGCUGGUAUCAAGUUGAACCAUCGCUACUCCCUACAAAAGUAACAAGAAGCAAACGAGGAACAAGAAUCUUUUACUUCUUCAUAACAACCACACAGCAAACAAAAUACAAAUACUGAUACAACUUUCCCUCUGGCAGGAUCCACAUUCUUUUACAAACAAAACAUCUCGCAGCAGCUGGUUCUACUUCACGAUGGUUACCUUCUCAUUUAUUUCUAUUUUAUUGGCUCUACGCCUCUUUUUCACCGUGUCCGGUGCACCCGCUCCCUAUCCAUCUGGUGCAGCGACUUCAGCAACAUCGGCUUCCAGUAAUUAUUGGAUCGCCACAGUAAGUCCAACCAUCCUUUUUUCUUUUCUCUCAUCAGAUGGAAUUCAUCUCUAACAUCAUCAGAUUCAACGACAAGGUGCUCCCGCUUUUGGUGAUGCUUCAUAUCAAGUUUUCCGAAAUGUUAAAGACUUUGGUGCUGUUGGUGAUGGUAAUUUACCCUUCUCCAUACAGAUAGUAUUAAACUUACACUCACAAUCAAGGUGUGACUGAUGAUACUGCUGCUAUCAAUGCUGCAAUCUCUGCGGGCAAUCGCUGUGGUAAAGGUUGCGAUUCAACCACUCUUACUCCUGCUCUUGUUUACUUUCCGUAAGUUUAUAUACCUUAAGUUACUGAAACUACCUACUUCAUCUGCAAAUUCUACUCCUCGACAAUUGGUUCCACAGCAUAUCACUAACUUAAUCACAGACCUGGAACAUAUGCCAUCUCAGCUCCCAUCAGACAGCAGUACUUCACUCAACUCGUUGGUGAUGCUAUUACUCUCCCAACAAUUAAAGGUCUUGCAAACUUUGCUGGUAUGGCUUUGCUCGAUGCAAACCCAUAUGAUCCUGAAUACAAUUGGUUCACCAAUCAGUGAGUUCUAAUCAUGCAAUGAUCUUGAUAAUGUGGAUACUAAUGACCGUUUAGAAACAACUUCUACCGUCAAAUUAGGAACUUUGUCAUCGAUAUGACUGCUAUGCCCGUCUCAACUGGUAGUGGUAUUCAUUGGCAAGUUGCUCAAGCUACAUCAUUACAAAACCUUGUUUUUAACAUGAGGACUGAUGGUGGAACCGAAAACAAACAACAAGGUAUCUUUAUGGAUAAUGGUAGUGGUGGUUUCAUGGCCGACUUGACAUUCAAUGGUGGCAAAUAUGGUGCUUUCUUGGGCAGCCAGCAGUUUACUUCUCGAAAUUUGACCUUCAACAACUGUCAAACGGCUAUCUAUUUGAAUUGGGCCUGGCUCUGGACAUUUCAGAAUCUUAAGAUCAGCAACUGUGGUAUUGGCCUCGAUAUGUCGGCAGGCGGUGCAGCAAGCCGCGCAGCUGGAUCAGCCACAAUUAUGGACAGCACCAUUACAAAUACUCCCAUCGGCAUAUCUACUGUUUACGACAUCAAAGAAGCCGGAACCAACGGUACUCUUGUUAUCGAUAAUGUCGACUUCUCCUCAAAUGUUCCCGUCGCCGUCUACGAUGCAACUGCCAAAUCCACCAUUCUUGCAGGAAACACCAAGAUCGCAUCCUGGGCACAAGGAAAGGUCUAUACUGGUGUUAAUGCUGGCCAAGCUAUCCAAGGCACUCAAGAUGUCGUCACUAAACCCGCAACUCUUUUGGAUUCUACUGGCAAAUUAUUUGGACGCACCAAACCACAAUACGAAACUUUACCAGCCUCAUCAUUUUUGAGUGUCAAGUCUAAUGGAGCUAAAGGUGAUGGUGUUACUGAUGAUACUGCUGCCAUUCAAGCAAUUUUCGACAAGGCUACCACUGAUCAGGUUGUUUACUUUGAUCAUGGUGGAUAUGUUGUCACUGAUACCAUCAAAGUUCCAAAGAACAUCAAGAUUACUGGUGAGAUCUGGCCCAUGAUCAUGGCGAAGGGAUUCAAUGAUCAAAGCAAUCCAAAGGCAGUCUUUCAAGUUGGUCAACCUGGUGAUACUGGCUCUGUCGAGAUUUCUGAUAUGGUUUUCCAAACCAUCGGACCGGCCGCAGGCGCUAUACUCGUUGAAUGGAAUGUCAAAGAGGCUUCACAAGGUUCAGUUGGAAUGUGGGAUGUUCAUACAAGAAUCGGUGGUAGUGCUGGUACUCAACUUCAGUCUAACACUUGCGCCAAAAAUCCAAACGCAACUUAUACUGGAAAUACAGCCUGUGUUGGAGCUUUCAUGCUUUUACACGUCACUGAACAAGCUUCAAUCUACCUUGAGAAUACUUGGUUCUGGGUAGCUGAUCAUGAACUUGAUCUCGGUGAUCAUAAUCAAAUUGACAUCUACAGUGGCCGAGGAGUUUUAGUUGCUUCUGAAGAAGGACCUGCCUGGAUGUAUGGUACCGCCAGUGAACAUAAUAUUCUUUACAACUACCAAUUGACCAACGCAUCCAACAUCUUCAUGGGUGCUAUCCAAACCGAAACUCCUUACUUCCAAGCCAAUCCCGACGCCUCUGCACCUUUCACCGUCAACCCAACUUAUAACGAUCCUUCUUUCACCGGUGGAACGCUCGCCGACAAAUCAUGGGGUCUCCGCAUCGUUAAUUCCGAGGAUAUCUUCAUCGCCGGCGCUGGUCUCUAUUCUUUCUUCGACAACUAUGGUCAAAAUUGUUUAUUGACGGGAAAUUGUCAAAGUAACAUGCUUUCUAUUGAGGGUUCGGGCAAUAUCCAUAUUGUUGGCUUGUCAACUGUUGGUGUUGAGAAUAUGGUCACGGUGGAUGGAAAGAGUGGUGCUUUGGAUAAGGAUAAUCGUAACACUUUUGCUGCUACGAUUGCUAUGUUUAAGGAGACUGGUACGGGUGUUAAGUGCUAGGUUACUACUGGCUUCUUCUGAUGGAUGGAUGAAUGCAUGGAUUGGGGUAAAUGGGACCUGAUGCUCGGUGAUUGAUACCUACCUACCUGGUGGAUCUUUCACAUUUCUUCUUUCAUUUUCUCUUCAUCUUCUUCUUCUUCUUCUUCUUCUUCUUCUUCUUGUGCACAGCCCCCUCCUUUUUUUCUCGAAGGGGCUGCGCAACACAUAGGGUUAGGGUAGUUGGCGUUUUUUGGGAUUUAAGAAGAAAGAUUAUGAUGCGUACCUACCUACAUAAGGUGUUUGAUAUGUGCAUAUAUUGAUGGUGGAUAGAUACAAUUGUGGGUGUUUUAGAUAGUGAAAUAUUUGGACUUUGAUUUAUUU